AUUUUCUUUCUAUAAACAUUAACGUCCAUUGAACCGCUGGUAUGCGUCACCCUCGGUCCUUUUGCUCGAUUAGUCUUUGCAGAACUUGACCUUCUCAAAUGACCUAUAAUAUCCCAAAAUUUUGGGGUAUUUUAGCAUUAAAUUGAGGGACUUAUUUGAUGAGAAAUAUUAUUGAGGGGCUUAAUAGUCAAAUUUUAAAAGUGGAGGGACUAAAAAGAAAGGAAAUUAGGCUAAGGAUCAAGCUUAGAUAUUUUUCUUUUCUUCCUCAUUGCUCGCGUGUCUGCUCUAUUCUUCUUCUCGAUUCUUCCUCCCGACAAGCCCCCAAGCCACCGACUCUCUCCCCCUUGAAAAACCCAGUGAGAUCUUGAUGAAAUUCCUUCCUUUUCUGGUUCAAUCACAAGAUUUGGGGCUUAGAAUUCUCUCCCUCAACCCAGAAAUCUCGGAUCUGCUCUGCUUCUUCCUCCCUCGUCCGUCGGGUUCUGCUGGGUUUGAAUCCUUCGGCUUUUUCUGUUGCCGUGAGUCUUCCAUUUCUUCCCCGUCGGCUUCCUUCCCAGUUCGGACCGGUGCUGCUUGCCGGAGUUUUCUGGUUCCCGAUCGUUCUGUCAGUUAGCACUAAGAUUGAGUGCUCGGUUUUAUGCGAGUGAGGUAAGUAAAUUAUGGUAAAGCCCUUCGAUUUUAAAGCAUGUUUUAAAUCGUUUUUGAGAUGGUGGCAAGGUUUAAAUUGAUUUUAAAUUGAUUUUAUCAGCAUCUGAAUGUGAUUAAACUGAAAUGGAAAUUGUGAUGGUUUUUAUGAGAAUUUCAGUGUUUUUCUGGAAUUGAGCAUGAUUGGAAUGAAAGUGGGAACUUCAUUGUUUUUCUGGAAUUGAGCAUGAUUGGAAUGAAAUUGUUUUCAUGGCAAUGAGUAGAGCAUGUCUAUUUGGAAAUUGACUGAACGGUUUUGAUGAACUGAGAGUUUGCAAAUUCUGAGUUUUCUGUUAAAUCCAUGGUCACAUGGAAAUUUUUCGGUUUAUGUUUGAGAUUUGAGAUUGAUUGUGAAUGAUGAAUUUUUUUGGAAAUCCUGCAUGGUUUUGUCUCGGAUAUAGUCAUGAUUACUGUGCCCGCUAGUGGGAGGUUUAUAAACGCUAGCACAUGUCAACAUGUAUUUCUGUAGAACCGGUUCACCCUGCCAAUGGGGUUAAACACUGGCACUACCUGACGCCUGCC